AUGGACAGCACAAGUGCACACACUGCCAGCACUGAGGUCACGUCCGCGCCCCUAGCGCGUCCCUUGUCCACGGACCCAAUAGUCGAUCACGUCGUACCCAAACAGCGCAUUGACGUAAUCAAUGAGUUCCUCCAGCAGCGCGUGUCCAGUCGUCCACUCAUUGGCAUCGUCUGUGGCUCGGGUCUCGGCUGUCUCAGCAAGUGCCUCUCCCAUCAAGAGGUGAUCCAGUACAAGGACAUUCCGCAAUUUCCACGCUCCACCGUUGAAGGCCACGCGGGGGAGCUCGUAUUUGGCGACCUGGACGGUUUUAGUGUCGUGUGUAUGCGCGGCCGUUUCCACUGCUACGAAGGCUACGCCAUGCACGAAACGGCACUCCCAAUUCGAGUCAUGUACUUGCUCGGGAUCAAGUACUUGGUGGUGACCAAUGCAGCAGGUGGACUCAAUCCGGACUUUAAGGUCGGGGACUUUAUGAUCCUCAACGACCACUUGAACCUGCCGGGGCUGUCGGGUCAGCAUCCGCUCAUUGGACCCAAUGACGCGCGCUUUGGACCACGUUUCACGCCACUUUCUGACUGCUACGACAAAAAGCUACAAGCACUAGCUCGUAGUGUAGCUGAGGGCCUCGGACUUGGUCACAAGACCCGGAACGGCGUGUACUGCUUCGUGUCAGGACCGACGUACGAGACCCCGACCGAGUGUCGCUUUCUCCGAUUAGUGGGCGGCGAUGCAGUGGGUAUGAGCACAGUGCCGGAGGUCGUUGUGGCUGCUCACUGCGGACUGAAAGUCAUUGGUCUGUCGCUGAUCACGAACAAGGCCCUUUUUCCAGGAGAAGAACGGGAGGCAGCUUCUCAUGCUGAAGUGCUCGAGACGGUUCAGGCCACGCAGCACGACAUUGAGACGUACGUGCGGGACCUGAUCGCAGCGAUAGGUAAACAGCAUGAGUCGUAG